AAAAUGGCGAAGAUCGAGGUGGCAAAGCGCGUACAGGGAAUGCGAGAAAAUGUAUGGGCGCAGUUCGCCGAGUUUCCUGCAGGGACAGGUGCUGUAAACCUGGGCCAUGGAUUUCCCAAUUUUCCGCCACCGGAGUUUGUUGUCAAAGCACUCCAGUACCCAGACUCCCGCAGUGAGCUCCACCAAUACACUCGGGCAUUCGGUCACCCGCGCCUCGUCAAGGCACUCGCGAAGAUGUACUCUGGCCUCACGCGACGUGAUAUAAACGCCGAGAAUGAAGUGCUGGUCACGGUAGGAGCCCGCGAAGCGCUCUACGCCACCUUCCAGGGUCUCGUCAACCCUGGCGACGAGGUGAUCAUCAUUGAACCCUUUUUCGUCGGCUACGAGCCCUUGACGCUGAUGGCCGGAGGAGUUCCCGUCUUCAUUCCACUCCGUCCGAAAAAGCAUGGAGAAAUUUCUAGUGCCGACUGGUUGCUGGACACGGAGGAGUUGACCUCGAAGUUCAACUCUAAAACUAGGAUGAUUGUUGUCAACACACCUCACAAUCCGACGGGAAAGGUUUUCUCCCGGGAAGAACUCGAAGUGAUCGCCCAUCUUUGUAGGAAGCACGAUGUCAUCUGUCUUAUGGACGAAGUUUACGAAUGGAUAAUUUAUGAAGGUGCCAAACACAUAAGGAUGAACACUCUUCCCGGUAUGUGGCAAAGAACUAUAACAGUCGGAAGCGCUGGAAAGGCCUUCAGCAUCACUGGCUGGAAGAUCGGCUGGGCAUACGGUCCACAGCGCCUGCUCAGGGGCCUACAGCUUGUCCACCAGAACUGCGUCUGUGGUCUCAGCACCCUCCUCCAGGAGGCGAUCGCGGUGGGCUUGGAGAAAGCGAUGGAGCCCGGCAGCGAACCCUCGAGAUACUGGUCCGACCUGUCUCGUGAUCUGCAGAGCAAGCGAGAUUUCUUAUGCGCCUCCCUCAGGGCUGCUGGCAUGGCGCCCACAGUGCCCCAGGGGGGAUACUUUCUCGUCGGCAACUUCUCCUCGCUCGCAUCGAAACUUCACCUGGAAGGCAAUGAAUCCAAGGACUACUUGUUCGCUAGGUGGCUCUCUCAGACAAAAACGCUCCAAGGUAUUCCCCCCGGUGCCUUCUACAGCGUUAACCACAAGCCUCUUGCUCAAGAUCUAAUACGGUUCUGUUUUGCCAAGGAUGACUCAACUCUUCAGAAGGCUGCGGACAUCCUCAUGGAACUGAAGAACUUGUAAUGAGUCCCGUGGAACUUGGCAAAGCUCGUUAUCCGUGUAACCGCCUGAUGUGGUGGAAGAAUAAAUAUCAUGUCG